ACUUUCACUUUCAGUGUCUGCAGCCUUUAAAUAGCCUGCUGCUUGGUGAUUUUACCAAAUUGUUUUGCAGAGAAUCCUUGACUGUCAGCGAAACUACGAGUAUAUCGAUCUUGUGAAGCCACUUGACCAUGGACUCCCCAAUGUGCCUCGUUAAAAACGCUGACGGAGAGCUUUGCGUAGAACCAGAGGCCAUCGACUACCUGAUGGGACUGAAACAGAAAGUUGUAGUUGUGUCUGUGGUCGGGCUGUAUCGCACCGGAAAGUCCUACCUCAUGAACAAGCUGGCUCAGAAGAGAAGUGGUUUUGCCCUUGGAGCCACCAUCCAGUCUAAGACUAAGGGCAUCUGGAUGUGGUGUGUCCCUCAUCCUGAAAAAACAGACCACACCCUGGUGCUGCUGGAUACAGAGGGACUGGGGGACGUGGAGAAGGGGGAUUCUAAGAAUGAUGCCUGGAUCUUCUCGCUGGCCAUUCUGUUAAGCAGUACUCUGGUCUACAACAGUCGAGGGACCAUUGACAAUGAUGCUGUGGAGAAGCUUCAAUAUGUGAACGAGCUGACAGAGAUGAUCAAGGUGAAGUCUUCCACUGACAAUGAGGAGGAAGGAGAGGGCACACAGUUUGCGCAGUUCUUUCCUAAUUUUGUGUGGACCGUCAGAGAUUUCACUCUAAAGCUCGAGAUUGACGGCAGAGUAAUCACUCCAGACCAGUAUCUGGAGAAUUCCCUGCAGCUCAAGAAAGGUUAUGGUAAAAAAAUGAAUGACUACAACGUCCCGCGAGAGUGCAUCCGGAACUUCUUCCCCUCACGCAAGUGUUUUGUGUUCCCCUCCCCUACAACUCCUGACAACAUGCACCGACUGGACUCCAUGGACGAGGCUGAGCUUUCUGAACGCUUCAGAGAGGUCGCAGAUACUUUCUGCCGCUUUAUUUUCCAGGAGAGCCGUAUGAAGACUGUUAUAGGGGGACACACAUUGACUGGAGAGAUGCUGGGCCACCUGGUCACCACCUAUGUGGAGACCAUUGCCAAAGGCAAUGUGCCCUGUCUGGAGAAUGCUGUGUUGGCCAUGGCUAAAAUUGAGAACCAGGCUGCUGUGGAUGAGGGCCUGGCUGUGUACCAGAAGGGAAUGGAUGAUGUGAAGGCCUUAUUCCCAGUGGACAUCAAUCAGCUGUCAGAGAACCACCUUCGAUCAGAGACCCAGGCCACACAGGCGUUCAUGAAGCGAUCCUUCAAAGACGAAAAUGGGGAGUUCUUGAAAGCUCUUGUGGAGGCCAUUAGCAACCACACCGCCGACCUUUUCAAGCAGAACAAGGAUGCCUCAGAGAAGAAGUGCAAGGCCCUUCUGGAGAAGCUGUCUGCUCUGAUGGAUCAGGGGAUGAAGGCGGGGACGUACGCCACACCAGGAGGCUAUGAGCUUUACUGCAAUCACCAUGACAACAUAGUGGCACAGUACCGGGCCGAGCCCAACAAAGGAGUCAGGGCUGAGGAGGUUCUGGAGCAGUUCCUGAAGGACAAGAGUGCAGAGUCCAACUCCAUCCUGCAAGCUGACAAACAACUGACGGAAAAUGAGAAAAAAAUCCAAGCUGAGAAGAAGAAAACAGCUGAGUUGGAGCAGGAGAAGGCAGCAUUGAAUGAGCAAAAGGCAGAGAUGGAGCGCACCAUUGAGAACAUUGGCAGGGGCCAGGAGAAGUACUUGAAGGAGAUGAAAGAGAAGAUGGAGGAGGAGAGGAAUCAACAGCAGCAGGAGUUCAACAGGACGCUGGAACGCAGGAUGCAGGAGCAGAAAGAUCUCCUGGAGAAGGGCCAUAAGGAGAAGGCUGAGCUAAUAAGACAAGAGAUCGAGGAGAUAAAGAAGAAUAAUCAAUUGGAAAGGGACGCCAAUACCCAGAAUCAGAAGGCUCUGCUGGAUGACUACAAGCAGCAGGCUGAGGAACAGAGCAAAAAGAUAGAAGCGUUAAUGUCAGCGCUCAACAAUAAAUCACAGGCCCCCGUACAAGUCGUUGAACGACUCUGUAUGGUAAUGUGAUCCACUUUACUCCACUUCGAAUGCCUGACAAUGAAAAGCCAACUGAUAUUGAAUCUUGAAGCGUUGAAGUGUUUGUCCUCUACAGCCAUCGCUGUUUUUAUCUCUCCCUGCUGGCUAUGUAUGAAGGUUUUAACGUCUUGAAUAUCUAUCUGGCGUUAUUGGCCACAUGAGCCUGGUUCCUCUCUAGGUUUCUUCAUAGGUUCCUGCCUUCUAGGGAGUUUUUCCUAGCCACUAUGCUUCUGCCUCUGCAUUGCUUGCUCUUUAUGGUUUUAGGCUGGGUGUCUGUAAAGCACUUUGCGACAACUGUUGAUGUAAAAAGGGUGUUUAUAAAAUAAAUGUGAUUGAUUGACCUUUUGUGAACCCUACAUCUUAGUUUAAGAUGUCGUAGGCCCUGCAAUCAAAUGUGUGCUCUAUGUCACCUGCGGCCACGUGGCAAAUGGCCCAAAACACAAAGAAUCUUGUAGGGGACAGUCCUCCCUUCCUCUGUCAAGAGGACAAAAUGUCUCUCUGUUACAGUACCCAGAUGAAUGACUAUUGAGAUGUAUGUCACAGUAAUAUCCAUGUUUGGUAGCUACAGUAUCUGAAACCUGUCCUCAGAGGAGAACUUGGAUGCCAUUCACAUGGAUCUAUGAUCUCUGUAUGCUUUUUGUUUAUCCACAUGCCCAGAUAUUAAUAAGCUGGGACACAAUCAAUGUGGGCACCAUCCAAGGUCCAAAUAACUAAAUCAUCAGACAUUUUCAAGAGUUUUGGAAAACAACAUACUGUAUUGAGAUAUUAAAUGAAUGAUAGGAAAUGAAAGAGACUGGGUUAUGUUAGAAGUUAAUGGUUCUCAGAAGAAAGAAGAAGGCUUUGGAAUGUGUUUGAUAGAGGAGAGCGAUGGGUUGAUAUAGAGACAUAGGGACAUCUGUGUAUUAGAUGAAAGAGGGGUUGAGGUCAGGACGUGAGGACAGAUUCUCUUAAUAAUAAAUGUUAGGGAUCCUGUUACCCUCUUUAUUAGCUUCCUGUAGAGCCAUAAAAUGUAUGGAUUGGAGAGAAAGGGGAGUGUCUUAAGCAGGAUGCAUAUAAACUAUAAACUUGUGAAGUCUGACAUCUUUUGCUGUCUGUUUUCAGCUGUACAGAACCUUUGGGAAGAAUAAACUUGGUUAAAGCUUA